CAUCGACUGCUUUUUCUGAGCCAUGGAGAUUCGAAAGGUGCGUUUGUGCACACCAUGGACAGAGCCCCAGGUCUUAUGGGAAGGCCGUGCUCCGGAGCUGAUCAUAUCGGACUUUGGUGCAGUUCUUCAGGGCGGUGUGAGUAGCAAUUCAGCUGUCCGCCCCGGCACCUGGCGCCUGGGUCUGCUGGAGGGCCCCAUGCCACCCGAGGGGCUGCGGAGCCUGGUGCUGGCUGCCCCCGAGCGUCCAGAACGACUGGAUCUGCCCAAGUACGACCGAGCUGCGCUGUUGGACAUUGAAGGAGAGAGGUUGACCCUGAUUCAAGGUGAUGGUGCCAUCGUUCGGAUACAGCUCAGUGGUGUGGCCUGGCUAUUUGCAGCGCAGCAGAGCUUCAGCAUCGAGAAGCAGCGCAUCUGUUUUCGCCAAAGUGAGAACUUUGUCUUUCUGGAAGGCUUCUACACCAGCACCUUCCUGCCUACAAAGCAAGAAGAUGAGGUCAUCGGCACUCUGCCUGCUACAUGCCGGCCAGCUGGAGGCCGACGCUGCUACUUGUCUGUCUGUUUCUACGACAACCAUAUACAUGUCUUCUGCUUUACUGUGGACGGCGAAACUGGGAGGAUUCUUGCCAGACAAAGCCACGUCCAGGGCAGAGCCCGCGAUGGCCACAGCUUUGCAGUGAACAGCCGGAAAGUGCUGGAGUUGGCAGUGCCCAUGAGCUCGGUUCGUUUCGUCGUGAAACCAGGAACCCCUCUGCAGCUGCUGGCGGCUGCCCGACCACCCAAGCAACACGCUGCCAGGAAACAACUUGCAUAUUUGGGCCUUCAAGACACUGAUGCAGAGGCCGAAAGAAGCCCAGAUGAAUUGGAUGGUUUUCAAGUUGCGACGUGUUCGAGACUGGGCCACCUGGUGAUGCUAGAUGGUGCAGUACUUUUGACUGCACGCCACCGCUACACAGCCUUUGCUCAGUUGCCGGUGGGGUGCCGUCCGGAUCAGCGCAUCACUCUGGUGGUGGCCAGGGGGUUACCCAACAACCAAAUCAUCAUGGAGAGGCUCGACAUCACCCCAGAGGGCGAGUGCAUGUGUCCUCAACUUCCAGAAACGCCAGGUGAGACCCAUGCCAUCCAUCUGUGCGGUGUGGUUUUUGGAGUCCCCGCAAUCUGCGAUGGCACCUCCACUGGCCCUCCGGCGAUGUCGGCGCAGCCGAUGUUGCCAGUGCCACAGCGUGGGAACGACCUCAAUGAAGCCCUCAGCAGUUUCAGAGACGAGGAGGACUCGCCUUCCUUGGCUUUCAAACGCCUGCAAGAGCUUGAAGCCCGUGAUCGACGCUUCAGGGAUAAGUUUCACAGUGUCGCAGAGUUCAAGGAAUUCGAGCGAACCCUGCAGUGGUUCAGAGCUCAUGAUUGUACUGAGAGCCAUCGAUUGACUCACAGCUGCUUCAAGGGGCGCUCAGAUUUCACGCAGACAGGUAUGCUGGUCUUUGACACUGAAGAGGAUUUGGAAGGCCUCAACAAGGCCAUUGCGUGGCUCUUCGAACGACACAUCCCAGUGGUUUUGAUGGAGCGUCAGACGCGCAUUUUUCCGUUGAUCUUUGACAUGGAUCUGAAGGUGACCUCCAGUGCCAUGUUGGAUGCUGUGCCGGAGCGCAUCAAACGAGCGCGGCCCUGGCGGUCACGCGUGGAUUUCUGUCGCUGGCAUGGAGCUGAUUGGUUUGUCCUCAGCGAGGAUUUGGUGCUUUUGCGACAUUUGGGGAUGAUUGUUUUCCAGUUCUUUCCAGAUCUUCCUUUGAUCGACUUCUGCAUCUUCAAUGCCUCGGGCUGGGAUCGCGUCAAGGAAUUGGUGAAGGUCUCCUUGCAUUUGGUGGCACCCUAUGUCCUGGUGACACCAGACCGGCUCACGGCCAUCCGGGAGCGAAUGUUGGAGUACCUGGGAGAAUGUUCAGAAGUGGAAGAUCAUCCGCUGGCGAAGGUGUUGCAGACCUACCUGGCUGAAUCAGAUGACAACACUUGGGACAAGGUGGUGGAUCAGACUGUAACCAGUGGCACCAACGGCUUGCGGAUGCCGUACUGUGACAAGGCACAAAGGAUAUUGAAGCGCGAGUUUGUGGAGCGAAAACAGAAGGGCGAGUUCUUCACGGAACGAGAGCUCAUGGAUCAACAUGCUUAUCUCAAAGAAGAAGCUGGACGCCCAUGUCUACCCGAAGGCAUCUUGCGCUUGAUCCCAUGCAAGGAUCUUGAAAACGAUUUAGCUCUUCCAGAGGCCAGAUGGAUGUGCAAAGGAAAGGAUUUGCCCAUCGACGAAUGGAUCCGCCUUGGGCGGUGUCGCCAUUCCUGGCGCCUCCCUUUGGCGCAAGGGCCGACUUUGUGGCGACCGCCCUUGCGCUACCAGUGGGCUGAACCUGCUGCACCUUGGGAGGACCGUGCGCAGCUGAAAGGGAGCCCUGUGGUGCGGCGUUUCGAGGGCAGCAGCCAGGAAUUUCGACAACGUUGGCAGGAGGCAGUCAGUGAUAGCAAGCUGCUGGGACGGUGGCUCUGUGGAACCAAAGAUGCGCGUUGGCGCGGUGGUUUGCAGGAAGAUUCCACCCAUGAGGUGCGCUAUAUUCUACGUGCUCAACGUGUGGUUCUGUUGCUGUCCCCUGAGCCCUCAGCUGCUUUGACCUUCACCGAGUUCCGCAAGGUGCUGAAUGGCUGGACCAAGCCGGAUGAUGUGCAUUGUGUUCCCAUUUGUGGCUCACCCAUGGAUUCACAGUGCUCCGCUCUGCAUACGAUCGUAGCCCCUUCGGAGGAGUUCCCCACCAUCCAGGCAGCCCUUGAUGCGGUACCUUUCGACGAGCCCCUCCAUCGAGUCUUGCUGCAUCACGGCGUUCAUGAAGUAGACACAUUGGAAUUGCGUAGCCCUGUGUUGCUAGAAGGUGAAGGUCGAUGGGAGACGACCCUUCGCUCCGGCCGCGGCCCCGCACUGUGCAUCAGCGGCCCCGGCGCCCACAGCGCCAUGGUGCGGAACCUGCGGCUGGUGGCGGCGCCCAACGCGGCGGCGGUGGAGAUUCACACGGAUGGAGAGCCAGCGAUUGUGGGCUGCAAACUCUUUGCUGAAGGUGCCUGGGGGACGUGUAUCAAGGCAAAGGGAGGAUCGCCAAUGAUCCUGAGGAACUUUGUUUCAAGUGCUCGUUGGGGCUUGGUCUUGGUAAACGCUGCGGGCCGAGUGGAGGACAACAGUAUCCGAGGUUUGGGCGAAGCUGGCCUGGUAUUGGUUGGUGGUAGCACUUUCGUACACAGGAAUCAUAUCGCGGACUGUGGUGGCCCUGCGAUUUUGGCGGUCGCAGAUUGCCGCGCGGUCUUGCAAUCCAACGACGUGCGAGAGUGUUUGUCUGGCGUCAAAGUCGUGGGAAAGCAUUCGGAGAUCCAAAUGCGUACUGGCAACCGACUGCUUCACAAUGGCCUGGUGGAUGAACACCAGUUGGAAGCACCUCCAGGAGUCAUUCCCGUCGGUGCCACAGCAACCAUCCGCAGCUGCAGGCCAUUUGCCUUCGUCCCCAAGAACCAAACAGAACUAGUCCAGCGCCUGCAGAACUGCAAGGAGUACUCCGAGUUGGUGAUCUUGAUCAGGGCAGCUCGUAGGAAAGGUUUGUGGCUCCAGGCUGCCCGUGCUUUCACUCGUUUGGACGAUUUGGCCAAAGAGGAGGCUGCUGCGAUAGCUGCCACACCCUUGGGAAUACGCCGACGUCAAGGCUAUGUGCCCAAGAAGCACGGUGCUGCGCCGGCACGGCGCGAGGUAUUAGUGUCUGGAAAGAGCUGGGAUGGACCAAAGGCGGGCUUUGGAGAGCAGUGCGUUGUGGUGGAACCUGGACUCAUGUGCGAGGUCCUUCGCCGUGAUCGAGGCUGGUUAUUGGUUUGGACCUCCAGCAACGAGAGGGGCUGGUGCAGCCCGCAUGUCUUUAGCUGAACAACUUCCACAAGUUGAGACAUACCACGUGGCAGCGACCGGCGUGGAACUCCCGAUGUUCCGCAGAUGUAGGAAAAACAUGGAAAACAUGGUGGAGCAAUGCUACAGGAGAAGGAUUCAGUGUUGUCGACUUGAUA